GGGGGCACCGUUAAGUGUCCAGCACCGCGAUGAUUGCUCAACUCAUACUAUGCGCUGGAAAGUCCUAGAGGCGCAGGGCUAACGGCGGGCGCUUGUCGGAAACCGUGCGAUGAAGUCGAAAUCACCUCUGCCGCGCGCACCCCUGAGCGGGUUCGCGCAACCGCGUGUGCCCGCAACGGUUGUACAACUCAAGCGACCUCGUCUACGCUGCCUGCCGGCCCGCGCGACGGCUGCGGAGGAGCCCGCGCAGCCGCAAGCUCCAGCUUCCCCGGAACCCUCGCCGCUGGGCGUCUUGCUUGCCGGGUCCUCGUUGGCGCCCAGUAGCAAAGGCCCGCCUCCAUUACUGAUGGCGGUCCUGGGACUUGGCCAGAUUCUGCACAUGCAAGACGCUGCCCAGGCGCCAGUGCCCAACGACUACCUGAGCGCGUAUGCACAUCUCCUCGGCUCCGACAUCCCUCGUGACGGGCAGGGCGGCGAUGGACGCAGUGGUGGAAGAGGUAGCGGUGGCGGUGGGGGUGGCGGUGGCGGUGGCGGAGGCGACGGCAUGUUUCCCUUCGGGCCGAAUGGCAUGCCCUCGCCCGACCAGCUGCUAGGCUUCGCUCUUGCCAGCGCCCUCACGCUAGCAGGCUCGGUAGCACCACACGCAGCAGAAACCAAAACGGCAGCGCCUGGAGGACGCCGGCGCCGCCCCGCAUCGCUGCUGCGACCCCCUAGACUCCUACGGCCGGGGCGAGCGGACGAGCAACUGGCGCAGCCGCAACAGCCGCCCACGCCUGUCCGGCCCUCCAGCAGUGACAUACUGUACGAGCCGCUGGCGUCGGCUCUGGCACCUGACCUCAGGGUCAAUGACAGCUUGGACGCGUUCGUGGCCAUCUGGGUCGACCCUGGGCCCGCACCCAUCUGGGUUGCACCGGCUGCCAUCUGCGUCAGUGCCGCUGGAACAGGCAGCCGGACGGCGUCAAUGGUCACGUCUGCACAGGCGCCUGAGCCGCUGCUGGCGCCGGAGAGAGCAUCUGGGCCGGGCGCGCACGCAGGCGACAGCGGCCACGCGGCUCGGCAGGGCGCGGCUUCUGUGGCAAACAGCGAGCACGUGGUGCAGCAAGCAGCCUUCACUAGCGGCACUGCUGCUGCCAGGGGCCGUAUGAGCGCCGGUAGCAGCGCCGCGCGCCUCACGCCAGCACCGGACGCCCUGUCAGGCUCCCCCGAGGCCUCCUUCUACGGCGUGUCAGUGGAUCUGCUUGCCACGACGGAGCCCUGCAGCAGUGCCUCAACCAUCGCCGAUGUGCAUUUCGCCGCUGACUCGUACGGUGGCGGCUCGUAUGCUGCGGACGCUGAUGACAGCUUCGUCGCGCGUGGUGCCCACCUCCUUGUGGAGGGAUCUGUGUACCCGGCGGCGGCACCGGAGCCGCUGAUCCAGGUGGAUCCCGAGGCUGUCGGCAGCGCUAGCCGCUGGGCUAGCAGGUGUGCAGCAGGUGGGGUGGUCAAUUGUCCGGGCACUCGUGCUGAUGUCGGGCGGCAGCACCAUGCGCAGCCGGGCAAGCCGGCGGCCCAGGCGGUUUACAGCCCCACGGCGGCGGCGGCGGCGGCAGCAGCGGUGGAGGCGUCAGGCCGGCACAGUACGAUACCCCGUGUGCAUGCCGGCGCGCCACGGGCCAGUGCAUCUCAGGGCGCGACGCUGAGCCGUGGGGAGCUGUACGCAGCCAGCGCUGAAGGUGCUCAUGAGCCGACCGCUGCGUUUAGCAGUUCGGCGCAGGUUUCGCACCUGCGAGGCGCUCCGGCAGCAGCGCAUGCCGCAGUUCACGAUGUCGGCAUGGCGGCUGGGCUCAUGGCACUAACACGAGAUGAGACAGCGUCUGCAGGGCAGUUCGCCGCGCCCCAACACUUGCCCGCCGCAACCUUGCUAUGCAACAUCGUGCCCCGGAGUCCAGCGCUUCCGCAGCCGUCGACCAUCGAGCAGCAUGCGGCGCGCAGCUCAAGUGGCCUGCAAGCCGCAGCGCCGGUGUCUUACGAUGUCGCCGACAAACCAGAGCUAUCAGCCAACUGCGCGCUGCCGGGCAGCCAGGCUGCGCACAGUGCGGCUUCAGUGCACGGCCCGACUUCAGCAGCGGCGAGUGCAGAUGGCCGCGCUGCCGGCAGCGGCAGCUUUUCGCCUGGCUCAGAAGCCUGGGCGCACCCGCAGGAGUCGCAGAACCACACGCAGUACGCAACUUCACCCGCGGCGCGCCACGAGCCGACAGCAUGUGCGAAUCAACAUGCGGCUGAGGUAGACGGCGCAGCAGCAGGAGUCCAAGUGCCGACCUGCUUCAAAGGCGCCACCGCUCAGGCCGCUGCUGCGAGCAGGCCGGGGCUGGACCACGCCUCGAAGCACCUACUGGGCUCCUUGGCAGCCGACACGACCGCGCACCUGUUAGCACCAGUCGUCGCAGCCGCCUCUGCCGCCAGCCUGCGCAGUAAUAGUGCCGGCGCCACUACCGCGGUCGGCCGCCGGCCUGCCGACGAUGCGUCCAGCAGCAGCGGCCUCUGUGCCGGCGGCCGUGCAGAGCGUACCAGCAGCGGCUGUGAUGUGCGGUUCAACCAGACAGUUGCAUCAACAGCUCGCCCACAGCGACCCAGUGACCUGGGAACGCAAACCGAACGCUUCGGUGCACCUCAGCUGCAGUCCGCAACGCGGCAGCUGCCGGCGACAGCAGCACUAGGCACAGACCUCCAGGAACUGCUUAACCGCAGUGACGCCCCAUCCGCAUCAUCCAUUUCCCGCCAGGGCCUGCGCAAUUCGUUCAGUCAUGCUGCGUCGUCGGCCGCUCGUGCGGCGCCGCCUGCUGCGGCGCCAGAGCCCGCCGCCGUUGUGGCAGCCGCUGCGUCGUCGGCCGCUCGUGCGGCGUCGCCUGCUGCGGAGCCAGAGCCCGCCGCCGUUGUGGCAGCCGCUGCGUCGUCGGCCGCUCGUGCGGCGUCGCCUGCUGCGGAGCCAGAGCCCGCCGCCGUUGUGGCAGCCACUGCGUCAUUGGCCGCUCGUGCGGCGCCGCCUGCUGCGGCGCCAGAGCCUGCCGCCGUUGUGGCAGCCGCUGCGUCAUCGGCCGCUCGUGCGGCGCGGCCUGCUGCGGAGCCAGAGCCCGCCGCCGUUGUGGCAGCCGCUGCGUCGUCGGCCGCUCGUGCGGCGCCGCCUGCUGCGGAGCCAGAGCCCGCCGCCGCUGUGGCAGCCGCUGCGUCGUCGGCUGGUCGUGCGGCGUCGCCUGCUGCGGAGCCAGAGCCCGCCACCGUUGUGGCAGCCGCUGCGUCGUCGGCCGCUCGUGCGGCGUCGCCUGCUGCGGAGCCAGAGCCCGCCGCCGUUGUGGCAGCCGCUGCGUCGUCGGCCGCUCGUGCGGCGCCGCCUGCUGCGGAGCCAAAGCCUGCCGCCGUUGUGGCAGCCGCUGCGUCGUCGGCCGCUCGUGCGGCGUCGCCUGCUGCGGAGCCAGAGCCCGCCGCCGUUGUGGCAGCCGCUGCGUCGUCGGCCGCUCGUGCGGCGUCGCCUGCUGCGGAGCCAGAGCCCGCCGCCGUUGUGGCAGCCGCUGCGUCGUCGGCCGCUCGUGCGGCGUCGCCUGCUGCGGCGCCAGAGCCCGCCGCCGUUGUGGCAGCCACUGCGUCAUUGGCCGCUCGUGCGGCGCCGCCUGCUGCGGCGCCAGAGCCUGCCGCCGUUGUGGCAGCCGCUGCGUCGCCGGCCGCUCGUGCGGCGCCGCCUGCUGCGGAGCCAGAGCCCGCCGCCGUUGUGGCAGCCGCUGCGUCGUCGGCCGCUCGUGCGGCGCCGCCUGCUGCGGAGCCAGAGCCCGCCGCCGUUGUGGCAGCCGCUGCGGUGUUGGCCGCUCGUGCGGCGUCGCCUGCUGCGGAGCCAGAGCCCGCCGCCGUUGUGGCAGCCGCUGCGUCGUCGGCCGCUCGUGCGGCGUCGCCUGCUGCGGAGCCAGAGCCCGCCGCCGUUGUGGCAGCCACUGCGUCGUCGGCCGCUCGUGCAGCGUCGCCUGCUGCGGAGCCAGAGCCCGCCGCCGUUGUGGCAGCCACUGCGUCGUCGGCCGCUCGUGCGGCGCCGCCUGCUGCGGAGCCAGAGCCCGCCGCUGUUGUGGCCGCCACUGCGUCGUCGGCCGCUCGUGCGGCGUCGCCUGCUGCGGAGCCAGAGCCCGCCGCCGUUGUGGCAGCCGCUGCGUCGUCAGCCGCUCGUGCGGCGCCGCCUGCUGCGGAGCCAAAGCCCGCCGCCGUUGUGGCAGCCACUGCAUCAUUGGCCGCUGGUGCGGCGUCGCCUGCUGCCGAGCCAGAGCCCGCCGUCGUUGUGGCAGCCGCUGCGUCGUCGGCCGCUCGUGCAGCGCCGCCUGCUGCGGCGCCAGAGCCCGCCGCCGUUGUGGCAGCCGCUGCGUCGUCGGCCGCUCGUGCGGCGUCGCCUGCUGCGGAGCCAGAGCCCGCCGCCGUUGUGGCAGCCACUGCGUCGUCGGCCGCUCGUGCAGCGCCGCCUGCUGCGGAGCCAGAGCCCGCCGCCGUUGUGGCAGCCGCUGCGUCGUCGGCCGCUCGUGCGGCGUCGCCUGCUGCGGAGCCAAAGCCCGCCGCCGUUGUGGCAGCCACUGCAUCAUUGGCCGCUGGUGCGGCGUCGCCUGCUGCCGAGCCAGAGCCCGCCGUCGUUGUGGCAGCCGCUGCGUCGUCGGCCGCUCGUGCAGCGCCGCCUGCUGCGGAGCCAGAGCCCGCCGCCGUUGUGGCAGCCGCUGCGUCGUCGGCCGCUCGUGCGGCGCCGCCUGCUGCGGCGCCAGAGCCCGCCGCCGUUGUGGCAGCCGCUGCGUCGUCGGCCGCUCGUGCAGCGCCGCCUGCUGCGGAGCCAGAGCCCGCCGCCGUUGUGGCAGCUGCUGCGGUGUUGGCCGCUCGUGCGGCGCCGCCUGCUGCGGAGCCAAAGCCCGCCGCCGUUGUGGCAGCCACUGCGUCGUCGGCUGCUCGUGCGGCGCCGCCUGCUGCGGAGCCAGAGCCCGCCGUUGUGGCAGCCGCUGCGGUGUUGGCCGCUCGUGCGGCGUCGCCUGCUGCGGCGCCAGAGCCCGCCGCCGUUGUGGCCGCCACUGCGUCAUUGGCCGCUCGUGCGGCGCCGCCUGCUGCGGAGCCAGAGCCCGCCGCCGUUGUGGCAGCUGCUGCGGUGUUGGCCGCUCGUGCGGCGCCGCCUGCUGCGGAGCCAAAGCCCGCCGCCGUUGUGGCAGCCACUGCGUCGUCGGCUGCUCGUGCGGCGCCGCCUGCUGCGGAGCCAGAGCCCGCCGUUGUGGCAGCCGCUGCGGUGUUGGCCGCUCGUGCGGCGUCGCCUGCUGCGGCGCCAGAGCCCGCCGCCGUUGUGGCCGCCGCUGCGUCGUCAGCCGCUCGUGCGGCGCCGCCUGCUGCGGAGCCAGAGCCCGCCGCCGUUGUGGCAGCCGCUGCGGUGUUGGCCGCUCGUGCGGCGUCGCCUGCUGCGGCGCCAGAGCCCGCCGCCGUUGUGGCCGCCACUGCGUCAUUGGCCGCUCGUGCGGCGCCGCCUGCUGCGGAGCCAGAGCCCGCCGCCGUUGUGGCAGCCGCUGCGUCGUCGGCCGCUCGUGCGGCGCCGCCUGCUGCGGAGCCAGAGCCCGCCGCCGUUGUGGCAGCCGCUGCGUCGUCGGCCGCUCGUGCGGCGCCGCCUGCUGCGGAGCCAGAGCCCGCCGCCGUUGUGGCAGCCGCUGCGGUGUCGGCCGCUGGUGCGGCGCCGCCUGCUGCGGAGCCAGAGCCCGCCGCCGUUGUGGCAGCCGCUGCGUCGUCGGCCGCUCGUGCGGCGCCGCCUGCUGCGGCGCCAGAGCCCGCCGCCGUUGUGGCAGCCGCUGCGGUGUCGGCCGCUCGUGCGGCGUCGCCUGCUGCCGAGCCAGAGCCCGCCGUCGUUGUGGCAGCCGCUGCCUCGUCGGCCGCUCGUGCGGCGCCGCCUGCUGCGGAGCCAGAGCCCGCCGCCGUUGUGGCAGCCACUGCGUCGUCGGCCGCUCGUGCGGCGCCGCCUGCUGCGGCGCCAGAGCCCGCCGCCGUUGUGGCAGCCGCUGCGGUGUCGGCCGCUCGUGCGGCGCCGCCUGCUGCGGAGCCAGAGCCCGCCGCCGUUGAGGCCGCCACUGCGUCGCCGGCCGCUGGUGCGGCGCCGCCUGCUGCGGAGCCAGAGCCCGCCGCCGUUGUGGCAGCCACUGCGUCGUCAGCCGCUCGUGCGGCGCCGCCUGCUGCGGAGCCAGAGCCCGCCGCCGUUGUGGCAGCCGCUGCGUCGUCGGCCGCUCGUGCAGCGCCGCCUGCUGCGGAGCCAGAGCCCGCCGCCGUUGAGGCCGCCACUGCGUCGCCGGCCGCUGGUGCGGCGUCGCCUGCUGCGGAGCCAGAGCCCGCCGCUGUUGUGGCCGCCGCUGCGUCGUCAGCCGCUCGUGCGGCGCCGCCUGCUGCGGAGCCAGAGCCCGCCGCCGUUGUGGCAGCCGCUGCGUCGUCGGCCGCUGGUGCGGCGUCGCCUGCUGCGGCGCCAGAGCCCGCCGCCGUUGUGGCCGCCACUGCGUCACCGGCCGCUUGUGCGGCGCCGCCUGCUGCGGAGCCAGAGCCCGCCGCCGUUGUGGCAGCCGCUGCGUCGUCGGCCGCUCGUGCGGCGUCGCCUGCUGCGGCGCCAGAGCCCGCCGCCGUUGUGGCAGCCGCUGCGUCGUCGGCCGCUCGUGCGGCGCCGCCUGCUGCGGAGCCAGAGCCCGCCGCCGUUGUGGCAGCCACUGCGUCGUCGGCCGCUCGUGCGGCGUCGCCUGCUGCGGCGCCAGAGCCCGCCGCCGUUGUGGCAGCCGCUGCGUCGUCGGCCGCUCGUGCGGCGCCGCCUGCUGCGGAGCCAGAGCCCGCCGCCGUUGUGGCAGCCACUGCGUCGUCGGCCGCUGGUGCGGCGUCGCCUGCUGCCGAGCCAGAGCCCGCCGCCGUUGUGGCAGCCGCUGCGGUGUCGGCCGCUCGUGCAGCGUCGCCUGCUGCGGAGCCAGAGCCCGCCGCCGUUGUGGCAGCCGCUGCGUCGUCGGCCGCUUGUGCGGCGUCGCCUGCUGCGGAGCCAGAGCCCGCCACCGUUGUGGCAGCCGCUGCGUCGUCAGCCGCUCGUGCGGCGCCGCCUGCUGCGGAGCCAGAGCCCGCCGCCGUUGUGGCAGCCGCUGCGUCGUCGGCCGCUGGUGCGGCGUCGCCUGCUGCGGCGCCAGAGCCCGCCGCCGUUGUGGCCGCCACUGCGUCACCGGCCGCUUGUGCGGCGCCGCCUGCUGCGGAGCCAGAGCCCGCCGCCGUUGUGGCAGCCGCUGCGUCGUCGGCCGCUCGUGCGGCGCCGCCUGCUGCGGAGCCAGAGCCCGCCGCCGUUGUGGCAGCCACUGCGUCGUCGGCCGCUCGUGCGGCGUCGCCUGCUGCGGCGCCAGAGCCCGCCGCCGUUGUGGCCGCCGCUGCGUCGUCGGCCGCUCGUGCAGCGCCGCCUGCUGCGGCGCCAGAGCCCGCCGCCGUUGUGGCAGCCGCUGCGUCGUCGGCCGCUCGUGCGGCGUCGCCUGCUGCGGAGCCAGAGCCCGCCGCCGUUGUGGCAGCCGCUGCGUCGUCGGCCGCUCGUGCGGCGUCGCCUGCUGCGGCGCCAGAGCCCGCCGCCGUUGUGGCAGCCGCUGCGGUGUCGGCCGCUCGUGCGGCGUCGCCUGCUGCGGAGCCAGAGCCCGCCGCCGUUGUGGCAGCCGCUGCGUCGUCGGCCGCUCGUGCGGCGCCGCCUGCUGUGGAGCCAGAGCCCGCCGCCGUUGUGGCAGCCACUGCGUCGUCGGCCGCUCGUGCGGCGUCGCCUGCUGCGGCGCCAGAGCCCGCCGCCGUUGUGGCAGCCACUGCGUCGUCGGCCGCUCGUGCGGCGCCGCCUGCUGCGGCGCCAAAGCCCGCCGCCGUUGUGGCAGCCGCUGCGUCGUCGGCCGCUCGUGCGGCGCCGCCUGCUGCGGAGCCAGAGCCCGCCGCCGUUGUGGCAGCCGCUGCGUCGUCAGCCGCUCGUGCGGCGUCGCCUGCUGCGGCGCCAGAGCCCGCCGCCGUUGUGGCAGCCGCUGCGGUGUCGGCCGCUUGUGCGGCGCCGCCUGCUGCGGAGCCAGAGCCCGCCGCCGUUGUGGUAGCCGCUGCGUCGUCGGCCGCUCGUGAGGCGUCGCCUGCUGCGGAGCCAGAGCCCGCCGCCGUUGUGGCAGCCACUGCGUCGUCGGCCGCUCGUGCGGCGUCGCCUGCUGCGGCGCCAGAGCCCGCCGCCGUUGUGGCAGCCGCUGCGUCGUCGGCCGCUCGUGCGGCGCCGCCUGCUGCGGAGCCAGAGCCCGCCGCCGUUGUGGUAGCCGCUGCGUCGUCGGCCGCUCGUGCGGCGCCGCCUGCUGCGGCGCCAGAGCCCGCCGCCGUUGUGGCAGCCGCUGCGGUGUCGGCCGCUCGUGCGGCGCCGCCUGCUGCGGAGCCAGAGCCCGCCGCCGUUGUGGCAGCCACUGCGUCGUCGGCCGCUUGUGCGGCGUCGCCUGCUGCGGAGCCAAAGCCCGCCGCCGUUGUGGCAGCCGCUGCGUCGUCGGCCACUCGUGCGGCGCCGCCUGCUGCGGAGCCAGAGCCCGCCGCCGUUGUGGCAGCCGCUGCGUCGUCGGCCGCUCGUGCAGCGCCGCCUGCUGCGGAGCCAGAGCCCGCCGCCGUUGUGGUAGCCGCUGCGUCGUCGGCCGCUCGUGAGGCGUCGCCUGCUGCGGAGCCAGAGCCCGCCGCCGUUGUGGCAGCCGCUGCGGUGUCGGCCGCUCGUGCGGCGUCGCCUGCUGCGGCGCCAGAGCCCGCCGCCGUUGUGGCAGCCGCUGCGUCGUCGGCCGCUCGUGCGGCGCCGCCUGCUGCGGAGCCAGAGCCCGCCGCCGUUGUGGUAGCCGCUGCGUCGUCGGCUGCUCGUGCGGCGCCGCCUGCUGCGGCGCCAGAGCCCGCCGCCGUUGUGGCAGCUGCUGCGUCGUCGGCCGCUCGUGCGGCGUCGCCUGCUGCGGCGCCAGAGCCCGCCGCCGUUGUGGCAGCCGCUGCGUCGUCGGCCGCUCGUGCGGCGUCGCCUGCUGCGGAGCCAAAGCCCGCCGCCGUUGUGGCAGCCACUGCAUCAUUGGCCGCUCGUGCGGCGCCGCCUGCUGCGGAGCCAGAGUCCGCCGCCGUUGUGGCAGCCGCUGCGUCGUCGGCCGCUCGUGCAGCGCCGCCUGCUGCGGCGCCAGAGCCCGCCGCCGUUGAGGCCGCCACUGCGUCGCCGGCCGCUGGUGCGGCGUCGCCUGCUGCGGAGCCAGAGCCCGCCGCCGUUGUGGCAGCCGCUGCGUCGUCGGCCGCUCGUGCGGCGCCGCCUGCUGCGGAGCCAGAGCCCGCCGCCGUUGUGGCAGCCGCUGCGUCGUCGGCCGCUCGUGCGGCGUCGCCUGCUGCGGAGCCAGAGCCCGCCGCCGUUGUGGCAGCCGCUGCGGUGUCGGCCGCUGGUGCGGCGCCGCCUGCUGCGGAGCCAGAGCCCGCCGCCGUUGUGGCAGCCGCUGCGUCACCGGCCGCUUGUGCGGCGCCGCCUGCUGCGGCGCCAGAGCCCGCCGCCGUUGUGGCCGCCACUGCGUCACCGGCCGCUCGUGCGGCGUCGCCUGCUGCGGAGCCAGAGCCCGCCGCCGUUGUGGCAGCCACUGCGUCGUCGGCCGCUCGUGCGGCGUCGCCUGCUGCGGAGCCAGAGCCCGCCGCCGUUGUGGCAGCCGCUGCGGUGUCGGCCGCUCCGCCGCCUGCUGCGGAGCCAGAGCCCGCCGCCGUUGUGGCAGCCGCUGCGUCGUCGGCCGCUCGUGCGGCGCCGCCUGCUGCGGAGCCAAAGCCCGCCGCCGUUGUGGCAGCCGCUGCGUCGUCGGCCGCUCGUGCGGCGCCGCCUGCUGCGGAGCCAGAGCCCGCCGCCGUUGUGGCAGCCGCUGCGUCGUCGGCCGCUCGUGCGGCGUCGCCUGCUGCGGAGCCAGAGCCCGCCGCCGUUGUGGCAGCCGCUGCGUCGUCAGCCGCUCGUGCGGCGCCGCCUGCUGCGGCGCCAGAGCCCGCCGCCGUUGUGGCAGCCGCUGCGUCGUCGGCCGCUCGUGCGGCGUCGCCUGCUGCGGCGCCAGAGCCCGCCGCCGUUGAGGCCGCCACUGCGUCGCCGGCCGCUGGUGCGGCGCCGCCUGCUGCGGAGCCAGAGCCCGCCACCGUUGUGGCAGCCGCUGCGUCGUCAGCCGCUCGUGCGGCGUCGCCUGCUGCGGCGCCAGAGCCCGCCGCCGUUGUGGCAGCCGCUGCGGUGUCGGCCGCUUGUGCGGCGCCGCCUGCUGCGGAGCCAGAGCCCGCCGCCGUUGUGGCAGCCACUGCGUCGUCGGCCGCUUGUGCGGCGUCGCCUGCUGCGGAGCCAGAGCCCGCCGCCGUUGUGGCAGCCGCUGCGUCGUCGGCCACUCGUGCGGCGCCGCCUGCUGCGGAGCCAGAGCCCGCCGCCGUUGUGGCAGCCACUGCGUCGUCGGCCGCUCGUGCGGCGUCGCCUGCUGCGGCGCCAGAGCCCGCCGCCGUUGUGGCAGCCGCUGCGUCGUCGGCCGCUCGUGCGGCGUCGCCUGCUGCGGAGCCAAAGCCCGCCGCCGUUGUGGUAGCCGCUGCGUCGCCGGCCGCUGGUGCGGCGCCGCCUGCUGCGGAGCCAGAGCCCGCCACCGUUGUGGCAGCCGCUGCGUCGUCAGCCGCUCGUGCGGCGCCGCCUGCUGCGGAGCCAGAGUCCGCCGCCGUUGUGGCAGCCGCUGCGUCGUCGGCCGCUCGUGCAGCGCCGCCUGCUGCGGCGCCAGAGCCCGCCGCCGUUGAGGCCGCCACUGCGUCGCCGGCCGCUGGUGCGGCGUCGCCUGCUGCGGAGCCAGAGCCCGCCGCCGUUGUGGCAGCCACUGCGUCGUCGGCCGCUCGUGCGGCGCCGCCUGCUGCGGCGCCAGAGCCCGCCGCCGUUGUGGCAGCCGCUGCGUCGUCGGCCGCUCGUGCGGCGUCGCCUGCUGCGGAGCCAGAGCCCGCCGCCGUUGUGGCAGCCACUGCGUCGUCGGCCGCUGGUGCGGCGCCGCCUGCUGCGGCGCCAGAGCCCGCCGCCGUUGUGGCAGCCGCUGCGUCGUCGGCCGCUCGUGCGGCGUCGCCUGCUGCGGCGCCAGAGCCCGCCGCCGUUGAGGCCGCCACUGCGUCGCCGGCCGCUGGUGCGGCGCCGCCUGCUGCGGAGCCAGAGCCCGCCACCGUUGUGGCAGCCGCUGCGUCGUCAGCCGCUCGUGCGGCGCCGCCUGCUGCGGAGCCAGAGUCCGCCGCCGUUGUGGCAGCCGCUGCGUCGUCGGCCGCUCGUGCAGCGCCGCCUGCUGCGGCGCCAGAGCCCGCCGCCGUUGUGGCAGCCACUGCAUCAUUGGCCGCUGGUGCGGCGUCGCCUGCUGCGGCGCCAGAGCCCGCCGCCGUUGUGGCAGCCACUGCGUCGUCGGCCGCUGGUGCGGCGCCGCCUGCUGCGGAGCCAGAGCCCGCCGCCGUUGUGGCAGCCGCUGCGUCGUCGGCCGCUCGUGCGGCGUCGCCUGCUGCGGAGCCAGAGCCCGCCGCCGUUGUGGCAGCCGCUGCGUCGUCGGCCGCUCGUGCGGCGUCGCCUGCUGCGGCGCCAGAGCCCGCCGCCGUUGUGGCAGCCGCUGCGGUGUCGGCCGCUCGUGCGGCGUCGCCUGCUGCGGAGCCAGAGCCCGCCGCCGUUGUGGCAGCCGCUGCGUCGUCGGCCGCUCGUGCGGCGCCGCCUGCUGUGGAGCCAGAGCCCGCCGCCGUUGUGGCAGCCACUGCGUCGUCGGCCGCUCGUGCGGCGUCGCCUGCUGCGGAGCCAGAGCCCGCCGCCGUUGUGGCAGCCGCUGCGUCGUCGGCCGCUCGUGCGGCGCCGCCUGCUGCGGAGCCAGAGCCCGCAGCCGUUGUGGCAGCCGCUGCGUCGUCGGCCGCUCGUGCGGCGCCGCCUGCUGCGGCGCCAGAGCCCGCAGCCGUUGUGGCAGCCGCUGCGUCGUCGGCCGCUGGUGCGGCGUCGCCUGCUGCGGAGCCAGAGCCCGCCGCCGUUGAGGCCGCCACUGCGUCGUCGGCCGCUCGUGCGGCGUCGCCUGCUGCGGAGCCAGAGCCCGCCGCCGUUGUGGCAGCCGCUGCGUCGUCGGCCGCUCGUGCGGCGCCGCCUGCUGUGGAGCCAGAGCCCGCCGCCGUUGUGGCAGCCACUGCGUCGUCGGCCGCUCGUGCGGCGCCGCCUGCUGCGGAGCCAGAGCCCGCCGCCGUUGUGGCAGCCACUGCGUCGCCGGCCGCUGAUGCGGCGCCGCCUGCUGCGGAGCCAGAGCCCGCCGCCGUUGUGGCAGCCACUGCGUCGUCGGCCGCUCGUGCGGCGCCGCCUGCUGCGGAGCCAGAGCCCGCCGCCGUUGUGGCAGCCGCUGCGUCGUUGGCCGCUCGUGCGGCGUCGCCUGCUGCGGCGCCAGAGCCCGCCGCCGUUGUGGCAGCCACUGCGUCGUCGGCCGCUUGUGCGGCGUCGCCUGCUGCGGAGCCAGAGCCCGCCGCUGUUGUGGCCGCCACUGCGUCGUCGGCCGCUCGUGCGGCGUCGCCUGCUGCGGAGCCAGAGCCCGCCGCCGUUGUGGCAGCCGCUGCGUCGUCGGCCGCUCGUGCGGCGUCGCCUGCUGCGGAGCCAGAGCCCGCCGCCGUUGUGGCAGCCGCUGCGUCGUCGGCCGCUCGUGCGGCGGCGCCUGCUGCGGCGCCAGAGCCCGCCGCCGUUGUGGCAGCCGCUGCGUCGUCGGCCGCUCGUGCGGCGCCGCCUGCUGUGGAGCCAGAGCCCGCCGCCGUUGUGGCAGCCGCUGCGUCGUCGGCCGCUCGUGCGGCGUCGCCUGCUGCGGAGCCAGAGCCCGCCGCCGUUGUGGCAGCCACUGCGUCGUCGGCCGCUCGUGCGGCGUCGCCUGCUGCGGAGCCAGAGCCCGCCGCCGUUGUGGCAGCCGCUGCGGUGUCGGCCGCUCGUGCGGCGCCGCCUGCUGCGGCGCCAGAGCCCGCCGCCGUUGUGGCAGCCGCUGCGUCGUCGGCCGCUCGUGCGGCGUCGCCUGCUGCGGAGCCAGAGCCCGCCGCCGUUGUGGCAGCCGCUGCGUCGUCGGCCGCUCGUGCGGCGCCGCCUGCUGCAGAGCCAGAGCCCGCCGCCGUUGUGGCAGCCGCUGCGUCGUCGGCCGCUCGUGCGGCGUCGCCUGCUGCGGAGCCAGAGCCCGCCGCCGUUGUGGCAGCCGCUGCGUCGUCAGCCGCUCGUGCGGCGCCGCCUGCUGCGGAGCCAGAGCCCGCCGUCGUUGUGGCAGCCGCUGCCUCGUUGGCCGCUGGUGCGGCGCCGCCUGCUGCGGCGCCAGAGCCCGCCGCCGUUGAGGCCGCCACUGCGUCGCCGGCCGCUGGUGCGGCGCCGCCUGCUGCGGAGCCAGAGCCCGCCGCCGUUGUGGCAGCCGCUGCGGUGUUGGCCGCUCGUGCGGCGUCGCCUGCUGCGGAGCCAGAGCCUGCCGCCGUUGUGGCAGCCGCUGCGUCGUCGGCUGCUUGUGCGGCGUCGCCUGCUGUGGAGCCAGAGCCCGCCACCGUUGUGGCAGCCGCUGCGUCGUCGGCCGCUUCUGCGGCGUCGCCUGCUGCGGAGCCAGAGCCCGCCGCCGUUGUGGCAGCCGCUGCGGUGUUGGCCGCUCGUGCAGCGUCGCCUGCUGCGGAGCCAGAGCCCGCCGCCGUUGUGGCAGCCGCUGCGUCGUCGGCUGCUCGUGCGGCGUCGCCUGCUGCGGAGCCAGAGCCCGCCGCCGUUGUGGCAGCCGCUGCGGCGUCGGCCGCUCGUGCAGCGCCGCCUGCUGCGGAGCCAAAGCCCGCCGCCGUUGUGGCAGCCGCUGCGGCGUCGGCCGCUCGUGCGGCGUCGCCUGCUGCGGAGCCAGAGCCCGCCGCCGUUGUGGCAGCCGCUGCGGUGUCGGCCGCUCGUGCGGCGCCGCCUGCUGCGGCGCCAGAGCCCGCCGCCGUUGUGGCAGCCGCUGCGUCGUCGGCCGCUCGUGCGGCGUCGCCUGCUGCGGAGCCAGAGCCCGCCGCCGUUGUGGCAGCCGCUGCGUCGUCGGCCGCUCGUGCGGCGCCGCCUGCUGCAGAGCCAGAGCCCGCCGCCGUUGUGGCAGCCGCUGCGUCGUCGGCCGCUCGUGCGGCGUCGCCUGCUGCGGAGCCAGAGCCCGCCGCCGUUGUGGCAGCCGCUGCGUCGUCGGCCGCUUCUGCGGCGUCGCCUGCUGCGGAGCCAGAGCCCGCCGCCGUUGUGGCAGCCGCUGCGGUGUUGGCCGCUCGUGCGGCGUCGCCUGCUGCGGAGCCAGAGCCUGCCGCCGUUGUGGCAGCCGCUGCGUCGUCGGCUGCUCGUGCGGCGUCGCCUGCUGCGGAGCCAGAGCCCGCCACCGUUGUGGCAGCCGCUGCGUCGUCGGCCGCUUCUGCGGCGUCGCCUGCUGCGGAGCCAGAGCCCGCCGCCGUUGUGGCAGCCGCUGCGGUGUUGGCCGCUCGUGCAGCGUCGCCUGCUGCGGAGCCAGAGCCCGCCGCCGUUGUGGCAGCCGCUGCGUCGUCGGCUGCUCGUGCGGCGUCGCCUGCUGCGGAGCCAGAGCCCGCCGCCGUUGUGGCAGCCGCUGCGGCGUCGGCCGCUCGUGCAGCGCCGCCUGCUGCGGAGCCAAAGCCCGCCGCCGUUGUGGCAGCCGCUGCGUCGUCGGCCGCUCGUGCGGCGUCGCCUGCUGCGGAGCCAGAGCCCGCCGCCGUUGUGGCAGCCACUGCGUCGUCGGCCGCUCGUGCGGCGUCGCCUGCUGCGGAGCCAGAGCCCGCCGCCGUUGUGGCAGCCGCUGGGUCGUCGGCCGCUCGUGCGGCGCCGCCUGCUGUGGAGCCAGAGCCCGCCGCCGUUGUGGCAGCCGCUGCGUCGUCGGCCGCUGGUGCGGCGCCGCCUGCUGCGGAGCCAGAGCCCGCCGCCAUUGUGGCAGCCACUGCGUCGCCGGCCGCUGAUGCGGCGCCGCCUGCUGCGGAGCCAGAGCCCGCCGCCGUUGUGGCAGCCACUGCGUCGUCGGCCGCUCGUGCGGCGCCGCCUGCUGCGGCGCCAGAGCCCGCCGCCGUUGUGGUAGCCGCUGCGUCGUCGGCCGCUCGUGCGGCGCCGCCUGCUGCGGAGCCAGAGCCCGCCGCCGUUGUGGCAGCCGCUGCCUCGUCGGCCGCUCGUGCGGCGUCGCCUGCUGCGGAGCCAGAGCCCGCCGCCGUUGUGGCAGCCACUGCGUCGUCGGCCGCUCGUGCGGCGCCGCCUGCUGCGGCGCCAGAGCCCGCCGCCGUUGUGGCAGCCGCUGCGUCGUCAGCCGCUCGUGUGGCGGCGCCUGCUGCGGAGCCAGAGCCCGCCACCGUUGUGGCAGCCGCUGCGUGCUUGGCCGCUCGUGCGGCGCCGCCUGCUGCGGAGCCAGAGCCCGCCGCCGUUGUGGCAGCCGCUGCGUGCUUGGCCGCUCGUGCGGCGUCGCCUGCUGCGGAGCCAGAGCCCGCCGCCGUUGUGGCAGCCACUGCGUCGUCGGCCGCUCGUGCGGCGCCGCCUGCUGCGGCGCCAGAGCCCGCCGCCGUUGUGGCAGCCGCUGCGUCGUCAGCCGCUCGUGUGGCGGCGCCUGCUGCGGAGCCAGAGCCCGCCACCGUUGUGGCAGCCGCUGCGUGCUUGGCCGCUCGUGCGGCAGAGUUGGGGAGUGGACCCUUGCUUCUCUGUAGUCCUUUAUCCAGCAAGGGGCCAUUCCGGUCACUAAUUCCAACCAGGCAGUCCUCUAGCGCUCAAGAUGGCGUGACCAUUGAGGAGUCAGCCCAGGAGCUCAGCGCAUCGCGCCUUCGCAGCCGGAUCCCAAUGCCCCCCUCAGUGGAGCUGGACACUGCAUCAUUAUCGGCGCUAUCUCAAUCACGGCUUCGUCAUGUCGGUGUGCUGUCUUCCUCCUCUGCUGUCGGUCACGAGUGUGGUGACUGGGGCUUUAGCACGCUUCCUUCGGCAUCGCUACAGAAGUCAUCUGCAGGCACCCGCGUCGCGACAGCGUCGCCGCCUGGUAGCCCCACAGCCGCCACUGCGAGUCGACAGCUGAUGGCAUCAGGGUCUGGGAACUCCCGCGCCCUGUCCGCCCAUGCCUCCCUGGCCAAGGGCUUGGUCGCGCCGCGCGUCGCCUUCGGCAGCCGCGUCCGGGACGUGUCCGCAGCGGCCGGGGCAAGCGCCAGGGCGGCCCCGUCCUCGCCCGUGGCCGGCAGCUUGUCGGCUGCCAGCUCUCGCAGCUCAUCCUUCACCAGCCAGUCCAGCGUCCGCGGCUUGGCGAGUGGCAGCGGCUUCCAGGCAGCAGCUGCCGCCGCAGCCGCGGCGCAAGCUCCAGGGUCCUCCCGCACCGUCUCGGCUCGUAGUGGGGCCAGCCUGGACGAGGCCUCCUCCUCGCAGCUCUCGCGCACAGACCCGUCCCGGUCUGUGCCAGGCGCACACACCUCGGCGGCCGGCGCUUCAGCAUUGGGCAGCCAUGCGUCUAGCCUGCGCGCUGCGCAAGCGCCAGCGGCAAGCUCCUGCCCGCGCUCCUCCCGCUUCUCUGUCCUGCGUGGCACGGCCUCCAUGUCACCGCCGUUAGCAUCGCGCGCGGUGUCGCGCUAUCUGUCCAGUGCUACGCAGCAGCCGGAAAUCCCCAAGCCUGCAGCGCAAGCCAAGAAGGAAGCAGAGGCACAAGAGCCCACAGCUGCGCCUCAACAGGGUCAGGUGACGCCGCCUGCGGCCCGCCCAGCACGGCCUGCAGCAGCCACCGCGUUUGCCUCGCUGGCACGCAGUGCGGACCGGAUCGAAGGCGCCCCAGCCGCCGCGGAGGCCACAGACGCCGCCGCGUUUGCGCCGCACCCGUCCACGCCCAACGUGAGCGCCCGCUGCCGCCGCGGCUCCCUGCUGCUCGGCAACGCCGUCUCCGCCACCGACUCCCUGCGUAUGUCGCUGCGACACAUCGGUGACGUACCUGCCGGCGCCACCGGCAGCCACAGCUGCACCGCCACUGGUGCCCUUGCCGCCGCGGUCAGCUCCCUGCGCCCGCACAGCAGCUCCGCCGUGCCGCGCCUGACAAGGGAAAGCCCCGCAUCUCCUGGGGUUGCGGCCGGCAGCGCCCCGAAUGGAAGGCUCAGCUUGGACGAGGCACGGCGGCUGAGCAGGAGCGGGUCGGGAUCCGCCGGUUCGUCUGCUCGACAGAGCUUGGAUGCCCGGCCGCGCCGCAGCUCCACCAUGUGUACCUCAGUCACCCCGCCCGUGUGUGAUGACCCCCUUGACUGCGACCUGCUGCUGCCGGUGCCGCAGCUGGCGCCCGCGGCGCUGGAGCUGCCGCCGCAAGGUGCGAUGCCGCCUCGCGCCGGCCAGCGCUUCACGACCGGCGGCGUCAAACGCGGCACGGACGUGCACCGGAUCAGCGAGGAGAACUCAGAUGACCUGCUCCGGGGCCUGGGGCGGCAGCGCGGCAGCGGCGGCAGUGCAGCGAGUAGCAGCAGCGCCCACGAUCUGGGUCAGCGGCCGACGCUGAACGUGUUGGGCUCUGGGCUAGCGCCGCCCGCUCCGGGGGCGGCAGGCCGCGCGCGCAGGCAUUCGGUUGCAGCUUACAUGACCGCGGCAGCGGCGCAGGCGACCUCGGAGCUGGCAGCAGUGCACGCCCUGCGCAGCCGCCAAAGCGCGAUUAGCGGCGACCAGGAGGCCAAGCCUGCUGAAAUUACAGAGCUGGACGCCGUCGCUCCUGCCUGCGACAUCAGCACCUCGGCGCUUUUCGCCCCCGCAGCUCCGCCCGUGCGUUCGCCCGCUCGGGACCCCGUGCAGGCUGAGGACGGCGCGCGUGCUGGGAUGUCACCCGCUAAGGCAUCAGAGGUUCCAAGCUCUGCCGGCGAGGGUGCUCUCUGCAGUGCAUCGCUGGUCGAGACCAGUCAGGGCGCCAGCGGCAGUGCAGCGGGUGCUCCGACUCCUGCAAUCUCCCACGCACAGCUGCAGCUGCAGGAGCGGAGCCACAGCUUCCGCACACGCGUGCACCCUGAGGGCGCCCUGCGCGCUGGGGGCGGUGGUUACGGGAGCGCGGCCGACGCAGUUAACGGCGAUGCAGGCCACGAGCAAGGGCGGCAGGAGCGGAGCCACAGCUUCCGCACACGUGUGCACCCUGAGGACGGCCUGCGUGCUUGGGGCGGCGAUCACGGGAGCGCGGCCGAUGCAGUUAACGGCGAUGCAGGCCACGAGCAAGGGCUGCAGGAGCGGAGCCACAGCUUCCGCACACGCGUGCACCCUGAGGGCGGCCUGCGUGCUUGGGGCGGUGGUUACGGGAGCGCGGCCGACGCAGUUACCGGCGAUGCAGGCCACGAGGAAGGGCUGCAGGAGCGGAGCCACAGCUUCCGCACACGCGUGCACCCUGAGGGCGGCCUGCGUGCUUGGGGCGGCGAUUACGGGAGCGCGGCCGACGCAGCUAGCGGCGAUGCAGGCCACGAGGAAGGGCUGCAGGAGCGGAGCCACAGCUUCCGCACACGCGUGCACCCUGAGGGCGGCCUGCGUGCUUGGGGCGGCGAUUACGGGAGCGCGGCCGACGCAGUUAGCGGCGAUGCAGGCCACGAGGAAGGGCUGCAGGAGCGGAGCCACAGCUUCCGCACACGCGUGCACCCGGCAGACCGCGCGCCAACAUGGGACGGCGGGCCCGCCUGCAGCCCUGCUGCAUCGCCGCGUGUCUGCUCCUCACUCGACCUGCAGGGCCCCAGCAGCUUCACCAGCAACCGCAUCCAUCCGGGAGUUGCUAAUGCGUCGUCUGCACACCAUUGGGUGCUGCAGGAGCAGGACGGCGACGUGGCCGCGGUGCCGCACUCGCCCAAGGCAGGCAGGGCAAGUGGCAGCGGCCAGCACGGACUUCAGGAGCGGAGCCGAAGCUUCUGCACCCGCGUCUAUCCGGCCGACCGCAUGCAGAGCACGGGCGGUGGACCUGGGAUAAGUCCAGUUUCAUCGCCACGCAUCCGGUCCUCCCUGGCCCUGCAGCGCCACAACAGCUUCACCAGCAGCCGCGUCCACCCGUCCACCCCAACUGCCUCAGAACCCCAGCUUGAGCUGCCGGAGUGGUUUGCAGCGGCUCAGGAAGGAUCUGCUGUUGCGGGCAGCGCAUUCCAAGGCCUGCAGGAGCGGAGCCACAGCUUCCGCACUCGCAUACACCCAGCGGACGGCAUGCAGAGCGCUGGCGGCUCAAUCGUGCAUAGCCCGACGGCACCGACACGUGGCCACUCGUCCCUGCACCUGCAGCGCUCCGGCAGCUUCACCAGCAACCGCAUCCACCCGUCCGCGCGCCAAGGCGACCUGUCAGAGCCUGACGACCCCGCCGGCGCCGCCCACAGCGUCGUCGCCGGCGGCGGCGACCAGCAACCGGCCAGGAGCCACAGCUUCCGCGCCCUUGUGCACCCCACCUGGGACGGCAGCCCUGCCAGUAUGGGCGACGUGGCCGGCUGGGAGGAGCAGCUGCAGCCCUCCGGCGUCGCUGCACGGCCCCCGCCGGCCCGCGGCGUCACAUCCCUGGACCUGCGGCGCCCGAACAGCUUCUGCGGCGCCACCCGGGGCAGGCUGGCCGGCCUGGUCAUGCCGCACUCGCCCUACUCACCCAGCCGGCUGCGCUUCGGCUCCGAGGCCCUGAGCCCGCAACAGCAGCAGCUGGCGCUGCUGAAGCCCAGCGCUACCGCUGGCGGCUCUGGCGGCAGUGGCAGCAGCGGCCCAUCGGCCGUCGCAGCGCCUGGCGGCGGCGGCGGCGGCGGCGCCUAUGCUGGCAGCGCCUUUGCCCACCUCGCGCUUGUGCCGGGCAGCCCAGUGCGCAGGUCGGAGGGGCCCGCCGCCCCCAGCGGCAGCCUAUUCGCCAACGCGCAGGACCAGGCACGCAUUGCCAACGAUGGGCUUGCCAGCCCGCGGCAAUCCAUCGAGGAGCCGUCAUUCCUGCGGAGCUCCUCCCGCUCCGGCGCGGGCAGCAUCACAGGCAGCGCACGGCUCGCCAAGUCCAUCAGCAUAAAGGCGAGGGUGGUGCCAGAGCCGCUCAGCGGCGCCACGCCCGCAGACGCUGCCAGUGCCGUCUUCGGUACAUGGUCCGUGCUCCGCGGCGGCAGCGACGACGGCGCCGCCUCGUCCGUCGCAUCCUCCGCCACACAGGCGUGGGAGGUGCCAGCUGCGCCGCCUGCGGCGGCGCCGCCCGCGCUCCUGCCGCUGCGCAGCCCCUCUGCCCGCGGCCGGGUGGCGCCUCUGCCGCAGCCGCCACACCUGCUGCAGGUGCUGCGCCGUCAGUCCGCCACCAGCACGCCCAACCUGCUGCUGAGUCCCGGAUGGCUGGAGGCGAGCGGCGCGGCCGCCGCCAGCCUGCCCACCAGCUGCGCGGGCCUGGACCCAGCAGCAGCCAUGGAUGUCAGCUCCCUACCAGGCUGCGUGGCAGAGGAGGAGGAGGAGGUGAUGGAGCGCGGUGCAGCCCGGUCUGAGGCGGGGGCCGGCAUGGGCGCAAGCGCAGCCGGCAGCUCGGCGAGCCUGCGGCGGCUGUCAAGCGUGCGCGCCGCCUCCACCACUGGUGGCUCCGCGCAGGCCAUCCCGCCACUGCCGCUGCCGCCGCCGCCGCCGCCGCCAGCGGCCGCACGCGUCGGCUCGGGCCUGGGCAGCGGCCUGCUAGCGGCGCUGACGCGCAGCCUGUCCCGCGGCGGCGCAGCCCCAGGCGGCGAGCACGCCGGCGGCGCCUCGCUGUCCCUGCGGGCGUCGGCGGACUGGUCGCAGGUGUACGACACGCCCAAUGACGUGUUGUACGGCGCACGCUACAGCGAGCGCCACAUGGCGGUGGGGCAGGAGGGCGAGGAAGCGGGCGAGGCGGGCGCGGGCGCGGAGCAGGGCUCCGGAGGCGGCAACGGUGCUGUCGAGCAGCAGCCGUCGCGGCCUGCGUCCGGGUCGUUCUCGCUCUUGUCGCCGCCCAAGCCGUCGCUCCCGCGCAUGGGUGCGCGCCCUGCCAGCAACUGCAGCGGCCAGGUCCUGCCGCACAUGCGUCAGCAGCCUGCGUCCACCGCGGCCGGAGCGGCUGGAUCGCCGGCAGCAGCCCGGCCCGGCGGGAGCUCCAUCGGUGGCGGCAGCCUCACGGCCACACCGCGGAAGACCUCUUCCGAGCUGCCCAUGCGGCGCACUGGAAGCACUGCGGCCAGCGCCGGCGGCAGCCCCGUCACCUCAGGCAGCAUGUUCACGCGCGCGUCGGAGGGCUCUGCGGCCACAGACCGUGGCGACUCGGCGGCGGCGGCGGCUGCGGGUUCCGUUGGGAAGGGCGGGCUGGCUUCGGCCCGAGGGGAGCUGUCGAUGCUGCGGCCCGCCUCGGUGUCGUCGCGCUUCGCGCCGUUCGGCGGCUCGCGCAGCGCCACGCGGCCAUUUGUCACCUCCACGGCGGAUCGAGGAGUCGACAUGCGUGCGGGACAGCCAGAGCAGCAGUCCAGCACGGCAGCGCGCAAGGUGGAGGCAGACGCCAAGGAGCAGGAGGGGAAGCUAAUAGGGAAAGCAGGCGCCGAAGCUGUUGCUGCUGGUGCGGCCGCCACCGCGGCCGUGCCGCAGCUUCACGCGCAGGCGCGCCCCGUUGUGCCAGCCGGCGGCGAGGCGGAGACGAGUGCUGACGUCGACGCCGCCCGCCAUCGCGCGGAUCAGGAGCAGGGUGAGAAACAGCUUGCCGCGCCUGCUGUGCCGCCACCAGUCCAUGUGGAGAGCGACGCGCCGCCGCACAUGCUGGUCACCACCGCAUCAAGGGCCGCGCCCGCGGGGGCCACGGCUGUGCAGCAGGCGGCCGCGCCGGAAGGGGAGGUGCUAAUGGCGGAACUUGCAGAGACGCCAGAUGCAGCCGAGGAGGAGGAGGAGGAAGCGGCCGAGGUGGGGGUCGGAGUGGAGCUGGAGCGGGCGGCCAGCGGCCUGGACAGCCGCACGGAGCAUGGCCGAGGUCGCGAUGCAAGCGACGCCGGCGGAGCGGCCGAGUCCGAGGCGGCGGAUGAGGACCGCGAGGAGCGAGCGGAGGAGCAGCAGCAGCAGGAUGGAGCUGAGGGGGACACGCCGGAUGAUGACGUGGAGGAGGAGGAGGAGGAGGAGGAGGAGGAGGGUCUGGACGACGGUGAGGGGCUAGACCAUCAGGCGCGCGAGGCCAUGGACGUGCUGCCGCCGCUUGACGACGACGAGGACAACGAGCACGUCGCGGUGGCACCGGACGUGGUGUUGGAGGGCGGCGGCCCUGGCGUGAGCCACGUGGUGGCGGAGAGUGUGGGAGCCGGCACGGACAGCAUGACUGGUGGCGAGAGCGCGUUUGGAUCCAGUACGUACGAUGGCGGCAGCAGCACCGCCAGCAAGUCCAAACGCCGCAGCAUUUGGUGGCGAGCGGCGCACAAGGUGAAGAAGCGGCUCAAGGCUGCGGUGCAGAAGAUCAAGGAGGCGACUGGCUCCAAGCCAGGCUCGGCCGCACCGUCGGCGGCGGCUUCAGCGGCCAGCUCCGUGCCGCCCUCGGUCGCGGCAUCGGUGGCGGCCUCCGCGGCGGCCUCAGUCACGUCUGUACGGCGUUAAGUUACUGCUAACCUGCCCAGAAGGACAAGAACAACAUGGAACAAAACUCUGCGCUGAAGUGUUACGGUCGGGAGAGAUGCAGUGAACCGUGGUAACUUGAAAGGAACAGAUUUCGUGGGGAACGACGCCGGACAGUGGGAAGCGGGGGCGCAGGCAACAAGUGACACUGGUUCGUCGAAUGUACUGAAUAGUGCGCAUCAUUGACGCGGGCGGAUGACAGUGGGGUACAGGCGUAUCCGCAAAUGAGAAUGGGACAGGCAGGCACUGUGAGUGGCUGAUGGGUAGUCCCAGCGAUUAAUUAGACCGCGCGCGAGUACCGUAGCCAACGGCUGUGCCUCAUUUCGUUAGGGCCAACAGGUGCAAAUGCACCACAAGGCCGUCAUUGUGAACACUGUUUAUGGGACAUUUGCUUACUGGAUGGACUGAUAUUACGUGACGUUUGUGUGCUUGUUCUGAUGAUUAAUGCGAGUGCCAAUGCAAAAGAACGCGCGCACCUCUGACACGCUGGCACCCCGGCCCUUGGCCUACAGAAGGUCAUUUUCAUGGCACGGUUGCUACGUACCGUAUUCUUUUUGGCUGGUUUUAUAUGUUUGCCGGUCCGAUGCAGUCAGCUUUGCAGUUCCAAACUAUGAAGACAGAUGGUACGGUAUCAGCGAUGGCCCUGUGGGGUGUGCGUAUGUGCGGUGGAAGUGGCAGCUUGAGGCUGCGUACCGUACUCUGGUAGGACAGAUUUAAUACGCAAUAGGAAUGGCGGGCCGAGAGCUGAGCGUUAGGUAGUUCCGUUUGCAGGAGGUGCUGCUACUUAUUAUGCUGCUGCUUCAUUAUUUGUGGGGAGUAUUUGUGCAGGACAAGAGGACGAAUGUGUGUAACCUGUUUGCA